AUGGUGAAAAAUUUAAUAUUGAAAUGCAAAGGGCUACCUUAUUCGUGCACAGAAGACGAUCUUCGCAAAUUUCUAGGAGAAGCUGGUAUUGCUAAAGUUGAAUUACCGAUGAGAGAUGGGAAAGCGAUGGGAGAUGCUACAGUUCAUUUUGAUAAUGAUAUAGACUUUAAUAAUGCUUUGAAGAAAGACCGUGAACACAUGGGUCAUAGGUACAUUGAAGUUUUUCCCGCUGACGAAGACAGGUCUAGACCACGUUUCCCACCUAGUGAUAGAGGACGUGGUAGAGGUGAUUAUGGGUAUGGCGGUGGAAGGGGUGGUCCUCCAAGGAGAAAUGAUCGUUCUUCAACCGGGAACGAUGGAAUCGUACGUCUCAGAGGUUUACCUUUUAGUGCCCGGGAGAGAGACAUUCAUGACUUCUUCGCACCUUUACCAAUCGUUCCGAACGGCGUACUAUUACCGGAUCCAAGAGAUGCCCCAAAAAACAAUGGAGAAGCUUUCGUAGUUUUCGAAAACACACAGUCAGCGAGCUUAGCACUUCAAAGGCAUAUGAAAAAUAUGCAACAUAGGUAUAUCGAGGUAUUCAACGCUACCUCUCAGGAAAUGGUUAGAUUCUGUGAAGAUAAUCGUAUUCGUGUUCCACGCUCUGGGGGAAGAGGUAAUAAUUAUGGAGGAGGAUCAGGAAGAGGUGGAUACGAUGACUAUCCUCAAAGUGGUGGUUUUGGCGGAUCUCAUAAUGAAUAUAAUGGAGGAGGAUAUGGACGUUCCCCUACAUAUGAACGACGGUCGAACCCCACAUAUGAGCCGGCAUACGGUUCAACACCCCAAGGAGAUUAUGGUUGGGGAGCCCCAGACAAUCGACCUGCUCCUGCUGAUACAUAUGCAAGAGCUGGAGAUCCUUAUAGUAAUAGAUCUAGUGGUGAUGGUUAUGGACGUCCUGCCGAACCAUAUUCAGUGCAUUCGCCUAGUGAAGAUCCAUUUGGUAGACGUGCUUACCCUCCAGAUGAUGAUUACACAAGGCCUGUACGUCCCGAUCCAUAUAUGCGCGCAGCUGACCCAUACGGACGCUCCACAGCAGAAUCAUGGAGAGAUGAUAGGUCCGAAAGUCAGAGAAAUCCUAACCCUCCUAGUUAUGGAGAAAAUGGUUCAUGGGAUGGAUAUGGAUAUGGAUCCGAUUAUCGUCAACAUUCUGGUGGUGGCCCAAUUAGACGGGAAGCUUCUGGUGGUCCAUGGAGGGAGGAUAGAAGGGAAGUACCUCGUGGACGGGAACGACCGGGUCAGAAAUACAUUCUGAAAAUGAGAGGAGUUCCUUUCCGAGCGGUCGAAGCAGAUGUUUAUGAUUUCUUCACUCCUAUCCGACCACAAAAAGUUGAAAUAAUUCGCGAACCAGGUGGCAGACCUUCAGGUGAAGCAAGAGUCGAGUUUGAAACACGGAAAGAUUAUGAUGAUGCGCUUCUCAAAGAUAAGCAAUACAUGGGAGCCCGUUAUGUGGAGCUGUUUCCUGACUUUGGUGGGAGAUAUUAA